GAAGGCUGAGGGGCAGGGUUUUGGACAUCCUCACCUACCUGUGCCCUGAUUUUUUUAUUCUACAAAGUUUCUGAGCCCUUCCUUCUCACAGCAUGCACCGCUAAACUCCUUCCCCAUUAUAACCCCUGUAGGUCAUAAGCUGGACUGAACCCUUCAUUCUCUGGCCAGCCCCAUUCAAGCCACCUCCUUUUCUCUCCCAUCCUCCUCGACUCCUGGUUCCUUGAAACUACCCACUAACUUUGAAUUUCCUAAGCUUUUUCCUUGGUUGAAGGAGGAUGAUGGGAAAUGGUGCUACAGUAAAUUAAUCUGGGGGUAAAGAAGAUAGAGAAGGGAUGUUAGUGCCUCGAAUUUCACCCCUGCCCCUUCCUGGUCUGCCCCCUUCCCUGUAGAUGGAGUGCCUGAAACUGAUCGCCUCCCCCAGAUUCACAGACAAGAGGGUGGGCUACCUGGGGGCCAUGCUUCUGCUGGAUGAGAGGCAGGAUGCCCACCUGCUCAUUACCAACAGCAUCAAGAAGUGAGAGGGUUCUGGGAAGCACUUGGAAUCAGGGAGCUGGGAGAGUGGGGAACUGGGAAAUCCCAGGGGGCUGCCUGAUGCAGGUACUGGGAAGGAUGGAUUUCUCCGACCUUGACUGACCACCCUCCCGACUCUGCAGUGACCUGAGCCAGGGGAUUCAGGCAGUACAAGGCCUGGCCCUGUGCACUCUGAGCACUGUGGGCUCUGCUGACAUGUGCCGGGACCUGGCCACUGAGGUGGAGAAACUGCUCCUGCAGCCAGGCCCCUAUGUGCGCAAGAAGGCUGUUCUGACCGCCGUGCACAUGAUCCGGAAGGUCCCCGAGCUCUCCAACAUCUUCCUCCCACCCUGUGCCCAACUGCUUCAUGAACGCCACCACGGUGGUGCCCCAGCUGGUGCAGAUCCUCUGGACUCUGGUGACGUCAGGAUACUCCGCAGAGCACAGUAUAUCUGGAGUCAGCGACCCCUUUCUGCAGGUCCAGAUACUUCGUCUGCUUCGGAUCCUGGGCCGGAACCAUGAAGAAAGCAGUGAGACAAUGAAUGACUUGCUGGCCCAGGUGGCCACUAACACAGACACCAGCCGAAAUGCGGGCAACGCAGUCCUAUUUGAGACAGUGCUGACCAUCAUGGACAUCCGCUCUGUAGCCGGCCUCCGGGUCCUGGCUGUCAACAUUCUCGGCCGCUUUCUGCUCAACAGUGACAAGAACAUUAGGUAUGUGGCGCUGACGUCGUUGCUGCGUGUGGUGCAGUCUGACCAUAGUGCUGUGCAGCGGCACCGGCCCACUGUGGUGGAGUGUCUGCGGGAACCUGACGCCUCCCUUAGCCGGCGGGCCCUGGAACUGAGUCUGGCUCUGGUGAAUAGCUCCAAUGUGCGAGCCAUGACGCAAGAGCUGCAGAGCUUUCUGGAAUCCUGCCCCCCUGAUCUGCGGGCCGACUGUGCCUCAGGCAUCCUGCUGGCAGCAGAGAGGUUUGCCCCAACCAAGCGGUGGCAUAUAGAUACCAUCCUGCGUGUGCUGACAACGGCAGGCACCCAUGUACGGGAUGAUGCAGUGGCCAACCUGACCCAGCUGAUUGGGGGUGCCCAGGAGCUCCAUGCCUACUCCGUGCGCCGCCUCUACAGUGCCCUGGCAGAGGACAUAUGCCAACAACCACUGGUGCAAGUGGCAGCCUGGUGCAUUGGAGAAUAUGGGGACCUCCUGCUGGAGGGGAGCUGUGAGGAAACCGAGCCCUUUCAGGUGGAGGAAGAGGAGGUGUUGGCACUGUUGGAGAAGGUGCUGCAGUCCCAUAUGUCCCUGCCAGCCACCAGAGGCUAUGCACUGACAGCCCUCAUGAAGCUCAGCACCCGGCUCCGUGGGGACAACAACCGCAUCCGCCAGGUGGUGUCUGUCUACGGGAGCUGCCUGGAUGUGGAGCUGCAGCAGCGGGCUGUCGAGUACAACGCACUCUUCCAGAAGUAUGACUACAUGAGGGCUGCCAUCCUGGAAAAGAUUCCUCUUGUGGAGCGAGGUGGUACCCAGGAUGAGGAAGCAAAGGAAAGCAAAGAAGCCCAGCAUUCGGAAGCAGCCCUUGUCCCCACAGAGCCGCAGGCCUCCAAGCUCUUGGAUCUGUUAGAUCUCCUGGAUGGCACUUCUGGGGCUGCCCAGCCCCCACCUCCUCUGGAACCCUCCUCAGAAGGCUCUUUAGUAUACCUCCUUGACCUUCCCUGUGUGUCUCCAGCCCCGGCUUCCAUCCCAAAUCUCAAAGUGUUUGAGCGUGAAGGACUGCAGCUGAAUCUGUCUUUUGUUCGACCCCCUGGAACCCCUGCUUUGCUCUUAAUCACAGUCACUGCCAUCAACACCUCAGGGGCUGAUGUCACCCACUUCGUCUGCCAGGCUGCUGUGCCCAAGAGUUUCCAGCUGCAGCUCCAGGCCCCCAGUGGGGACACAGUUCCAGCUCAGGGUGGCCUUCCCGUGACCCAGCUCCUCAGAAUCCUCAAUCCUAACAAGGCCCCCUUGAGGCUGAAGCUGCGCCUCACCUACAACCACUUUGGCCAGUCCGUUCAGGAGAUCUUUGAGGUGAACAACUUGCCCGUGGAGACAUGGCAGUAACACCCUCCAUGCAGUCUGAAAUCCUCCUGUGUCCCAACACCCCAGGGUCUCAGCCACUUGGCGCCUCUACCUGCCAGCGACCAGCAGGUGGCGCUCUGGUCCUGCAUUUGCCUCUGCAAAAAACGGGGUGGGGUGGGGGGUGCUGUCCCCUUACUUCCCACAAAUAAUGAAAGUCCAAUAAAUCCUGAGGGGAAAAGCCA